ACGGCCCACUUCAAUAUACCAUGAGUGCAGAAAACCCUGACGCUGCAUUAUCUACACAGUUUCCGACGUCACUUUCAAAACCUAAAGAAGAAAUAUUUAAAGAGGAUGUUCCACAGGUCGAGCAGUUAGGAUUGAAGCAAAAACUGGAAAUGUUGAACUUACCAUCUCAAGUAGAUUUUGAUGAAGAUCAGGAAAGCAUUCCUAUCAUCCCAACUAGUUCAACUGCAUCAACUCUUUCUACCAGUAAUUCACAAUAUGUUACUUUUUUACCUCCUAGUGACAGCCAGGAAUCUGUUGUAAAUGAUCUUUCUUCUGAGAUUAAUCCUUCUGAAGUGGAGGUGCGAGACUCAUCAUUGUUAAUGCCAACUACUACAAGAUCAGAGAGUAAUGCGCAACCUAGUAAAGAAGAAGAAUACGAACCAAGUUUAGGCCUUGGUAUAUUGGAAGACUUACUAGAGGAUCUUCCUGCAUUUAUUAGUGAACCUUGUCCUAAAGGCCUGACUGUCCGAUGUCGCAUCACUCGGGACAAGAAAGGAAUGGACCGAGGCUUAUUUCCAACAUACUAUCUGCAUCUAGAGAAAGAUGAUGGAAAGAAGAUUUUUUUACUUGCUGCACGGAAGAGGAAAAAGAGUAAAACAUCCAACUAUUUAAUAUCUGCAGACCCAACAGACCUGUCUCGUGGAGGCGAUUAUUUUGUGGGCAAACUGAGGUCUAAUCUUUUGGGUACUUCGUUCACUGUUUUUGAUGGAGGUGACAACCCACAAAGAGGAAGUAUUUUUGGUGACAAAACAAACAUGCGCUGUGAAAUUGCUGCCAUUGUUUAUGAAACAAAUGUGCUUGGGUUUAAGGGCCCAAGGAAGAUGACUGUUAUCAUUCCAGCAAUGACACUUGACAACAAGAGGGUUGACAUAAAACCAGUUUCUGAUAGAGAUACUUUAAUUGAAAGGUGGAGAAAUCAGAAUAUGAAAAAUCUCUUGGAUCUUCAUAACAAGACUCCUGUGUGGAAUGAUGAAACACAGUCGUAUGUUUUGAAUUUUCAUGGGCGAGUUACCCAAGCUUCUGUGAAGAAUUUCCAACUUGUUCAUGACAAUGAUGUGGACUACAACAUCAUGCAGUUUGGUCGUGUUUCUGAAGACAUCUUUAGUAUGGACUAUAGUUAUCCUUUAUGUGGACUUCAAGCUUUUGCUAUUGCCAUCUCAAGUUUUGAUAGCAAGCUUGCUUGUGAAUAAUCUAGUCAGAAAAUUUAUGUAAGGGGGGGGGGGGGAAUAAUAACUUCUAUAAACAGUAAAUUGGUUGAGCUUUAUGCCCUUGUGAGGCAAGCUCACAUUUCCUGUAUCUCACUGGAAGUAUUGAAGUUUCUCUGAUGAGAAAGUCUAAUGUUUAAUAAUGAACUUAUUUCUUGCCAUUCUACUGCAAGCUCACAUGUCCUGCAUUUUACAUGGAAAUAGUGAAGUUUUUUUCUGAAAUGGAAGUCAUAAUUUUAAUGAUAAACAUACUUUGUGCCAUUCUGCUGCAAGCACACGUAGAAAUAAAUAACGUUUUUUUUUACAUGGAAAUAUUAAACUCUUGUUUAAAAAUAUCAUCACUGAUAGAAAUAUUCAGUGUAAAUCUAUAUCUUAAAUUAAUAUACUGAUUUUAGAGUUUAUGUGUUGUAGUUUGUUUCUUGCACCUCCAAUAUCUGUAUGAAACAUGUUGAAAUACAUAUCAUUUCCAUUGUAAAUGUUCACAUAAGUUAUUCAUGUUGAAGCUUUUACACUGUUCAGCAUACCGUUUUUAAUAAAUGUAUGAAUAUGAUAUUGAUUAGAACUUUUAAACCUUUUUUUUUUUAUCCAAUUUCUCUGUAAACAUUUUGUUGUAAUGUAGAAAUCACCAGAUGAGCUACAGUUACUCAAACUAUGAGUACUGUAAACCUAUAUUUUGAAAACUGAUUAGUAUUUUCAAGUUUAGAAAAGCAGAAAUUACUUUUUUUUAUCUUACAUUUAGUUUCUUCAUUGUAAAACUAGGUAAUUAGUUAAUAUCAAACAUACAAUUAAGUCUUUCAAGAUAUUAUUGUUAUUUUUAACAUACAUAAUCUAAAAAAGUAAAGUUUGCCACUUGUGUAUCUAUACCCUAUUAACAAUUUUACUAAAUACUUGUCUUCCACAUAUAGCUCAGAAUUUUAAUGCUUCGGGCAAUUAUAUAUUUUGAAACGCCCCAUCCUAGUCUUUCAGAAUUUACUCCGUUUAGAGUAUAAUACCUGGUAAGUGUUCCAAGUUAAUCCUUAUAUUAAACUGUCUGAAACCACCAACUCCACAUCAUUCUUGUCAUCAUUAUUAUGUUCAUUUAUUUUAAGCAGCUUGUAAGUAAAAAGAAAAAUAAUACAAUCCAAGCAUUUACAACCUAAAAAGAAAAAAUCAGUCAAGACUUGAAUGUUUAAAAACUGGUGAAAUAUUAGAAACCAAUAAGCCAAACAUUUCUGAUAAAUAUUAUGUAAACUGCAGCUUUGUUUCACAUUCCUAUUAAUUUGUCCAUUUCAAGGUUGAAUAAAAAUGUCAUUUCAGAUCUGUCUUUUGUUUUCCACAAGUUACUGCCUUGGAUGCCUCUUGUUUAAUACCAGAACUCAUCAACUGGACUGGAUGAUGAGAUGAUGUAGUUUCUUUGAAAUGCUAUUUGUAUCUACAGUAUAAGAAUUUAAAAUUUUCCAUUUAAGUGGAAAAGCUGGUGAUGCAUUGGAUAUCAAUAGGCCUAACAUUUGUAAAAAACAUCACAUAAACUGGAGUUGUUAAGCUUGUUGGUUUCCAGUGCUUCCUAAAAGGAAUUUUAUAGAAACUUUCGUCUCUCAAACUGACGAGUUUCAGUAUUGAUUGAAAUACCUUUUGACCAGUAACUUGUUACAGAUAAAAGUUAUAGAGUUGAAAUGCUAUUUUUACCUACCUCUGAUAUGGAAUCCAAAACAGACAAAUUAAGAGGAUGAGAUAAAAAAGAAAUAUUUGCAGUUUAUAUAUUUAUCACAAAUGUUAGGUCUACUGAUUUUAAACAACUAAAAAUACGCACUACUCUUCGUAGCUUCCAACUCUUAAUUAGUUCAUUUAUUUAAGUCCUUGCAAAUAAGCCUUUCUGUUAAUUUAGAUCUAAUGCUAAAAUCUGUUUGCCCUGCAACAUUUUGUAAGUGAUGUAAAAUACUUUUUAGCAGUCAUGUAUCUGUGUUAGACUAUAAAAAUAUGAAGAAUUCUACUUCUCUUUAAACACAUUAUUCUUUCUUUUUCUGUGUUUGUUUUUUAAGUCUUUCAUUCACUGAAAGAUCACUUGGAAAAGUUAGCCCAAGCCAAUGUUUAGGUUGUCAAUAAUGAUACUCAUUUUCCAUGAAAUAUGCAUAUGUUGACCUCUUAUUUCUCAAAAAUAUAAAUGUAUGUGCAUUACUGUAUAAUAUUUAAGGCCUACCAUUUUUUAUAAGUUAAAAUUGCUUAAAGAAACUAUUCUGUUAUUUUUGAAAAUAUGUAUUAUAUACACUUAGACACUUAAGCUAUUAUAGUAACUUAUAUUAAACAGUUAAUAUAUAUAUAUUGUGAAUACUUGUAAGGCACAAUUACUGCACAGUGUCCUGUUGGCUUUUACUCAUUGCACAUCAGUCACAUCUAUAAAUCUUAGAAAAUUGUGACUGUGAAAAAAAACAUCCCUGAGAAUUUGUUGUGUGAAAAUAAUAUAUUGUUUUGUUUACUUUGAUUGUUAAAGUGGAAUAUAUUUUUGUGAUUUUAUUAGAACAUUUUGAGCCAAACAAAGUUGUAAUGGUCGUAGAAAAUAUGAUUUGAAUAAUUGUAUAUGAGGUGGGCUAUAGCAAACUUCCCAUCUCCCCCCUUCAAAAGUAACACAACAAACUUUCUUCAUGAUUCAACUGUACAUAUUUUCUUUAUCACUGAAUUAAUCAAAUUUUACAAAUAAUUGACAUGUCCUCCAUCAUUAUCAAUACAUGAAUUACAAGGAAAUCUCAUGAAACACAACAAAAUUAGCUCACUGUGGCCUACCUCGUAUAACAACAAGUUAAGGAGAAUUGUGUAUGGUUAAAUAGCUGCUUCGAAACUUCCCUGAAUAGAAAGUUAAAAUGUUGCACAUCUGAACACAUAAUAAAUCAGUUAAAUGUAAUAUUUAUAUUUAACAUUAUUUGGGAACAUUUAAAUAAUGUAUCAGCUUGGUUUUUCAACUAUAGAUUUGGCUCAACAUUUGAUUUUAUUUUUAUACAUUUAUAAUAUGAGUAAAAUGUAAGUAACCUUACUGGAUACAUGAGUGAUAUUGUUAUUUUCCUUGCAGUGUAAUGACAAAAUCUGUAUAUGUUCUACUUGACUGACUUCACUUUAAUUUGGUUUUUAAUUAAUUAGCUGUAGACGAAAAGUUGUUUUUAUAGGUACUAGUUUUUGUCAUCCUAGGUCAAAUUUUUUCAGUGUUUUGAUAUUACAGAUUUUCUAAUUACAAGUCUUGUUGAAUUACUAAUUGUUGAUUAGGGAAAAAUUUUAAGUUUUUAUGGAAUGUUGUCUCUCUUUUAAUUCUGAUUAACAUAGAACAAGUGUUUAAGAAUUCACAAUAUUUGAUAACAUAUCAGAUUUUAUCAUACUCUGUUGGGUUGAGUAAUAGUUUACUAUUUAUUGGAAGAUCCUAUGAACAAAAACGUGCUCCGAGGCUGGAGCCACAUGAUUUGCAGAGUGAUAGUCUCCAUGAUCUGGAGGUGUAGUUACCAAAUAGAAAGACAAGAUCCAUUGUGAGAGUCAGACUUCUUUCAUUGGUAUUGUAUUUUAUUUACAGCUCCUUCUGGAAUAUUUCAGGGUUAUAGAAUAUUUGGCUAUCAAUGUCUAUUUGUCCAUGAUUGAAACAUGCUUUAUCAAAACCGGAUAAGUAUUUUGUAAUAGUUUCUGCCGUAAUAGUUAUAAAAUGCAUUGGAUUAAUAAAGUUUUGGCUUUCUUUUUUUUCACAGUGUUAGGAGUAACACUUGGUGAAAUUGCUAAAAUAAUUGUAACUAAGAAUUAAGCUGAUUUUACUAAUGUACCCUGCUAGGUCAGUAGUAAGUGUAUAGACUUACAACAUUAAAUCUGGGGUUCGAUUCCCCUUGGUGGACAGAUCACAGAUAGACAUUUUAUAGCUUUAUGCUAAAGAAAAACAAAUUUACUCACACAUAGAAAUAACAGUGGUAUAGAGUAUUAAAUGAGCUAUUAUUUCUAAAAGCAACAUAGGUGUAACUGUAAAAUAUCUAGAUAUAUGAAAUACUCUCUUGCAACGUAAGGUAUUCCAAGAAACUGCCUAUGAAAACAAGGAAAGAAUGUGAAUUUUUCUACCCAAAUACAUCUAAGUCUUACAUACAUAUAUAAUGAUAUACAUAAUGUUUUUACCCACUUUAUUCUUGUUGCCAAAGAUAUCAGUUGAUGUUUUUUUUUGCCAAUGUUUCUUUCAUAUUUUCAGUGAUGUUUUAUUGAUGUACACACUUAAUUGGGUUUUUGUUUUUUCGUGUUUGUUUGUAAUGAAAUUUCAAGUUUCAGCUGUUGCUUAAAUUUUGGAAUAUAUAAAGUUGAUAAAGAAAACUGAACAUUUCACUACAGAAUUCACUGAAAACGAAGUGAUAUCCAACCAAAUGCAUCCUAGUAGUAUUACCCUCCGUCUUCUUAUAUACCCAUUCUCAGUUUUGUGAUCUAAAAAGUUAAUAUGUGUAGAUAUAUGCUGAUGUGUACAAAUAUAUAAUUUAUAUAGUUACCAUCAUCUAUAGGUAUAAUGUGUGAAUAAUAAACAUUUGUAAAACUCAAAA